UCCUAAAUAUGGCUCUGCCCUCUUGGUCCACCGAGCGAGCCCUGGCCCACCAUUCGGAAAUGCGGGCCAUGACGAGCCCACCCCUCCUUUCGCUCUCACCGUCCCCGUGCUCUCUCCUCCUACGCCGCCUCCGCCGCUCCCGCGCCCCUCGCCGCCGGAACCCUAACCCUCUUCCUCCCCUCCGCCGCCGCAUUCCCCUCCCCCUCCUCCCCCCCGCCGCUAUGUCCUCCGCCUCCGCUACCACAGCUCCCGACUGCUUCGUCGCCGACCCCGGCGCCCUCGGCUGCAAGGUCGCGGCCAUCCGCGCCGCGGGCCCCGCCAAGCUCCAGGUCAUAGCCGACUUCGACGGCACGCUCACGCGUUACUGGUACGACGGCGCCCGCGGCCAGAGUAGCCAUGGGCUGCUGAGGCAGGGGAACGAGGAGUACGACGCCAAGAGGGAGGCGUUGUACGAGCACUACCACCCCAUCGAGAUCUGCCCCGACAUCCCACUUCCGGAGAAGGCGAAGCUCAUGGAAGAAUGGUGGGAGAAGACUCAUGGUCUCCUUAUUGAAGGUGGUCUUACAUAUGAAGCUAUAAAGAAAUCUGUGGCUGAUGCUUCAAUUGCUUUCAGAGAUGGUGUUGUUGAGCUCUUUGAAUUCAUGGAGGAGAGAGAUAUUCCGGUACUGGUAUUUUCUGCUGGCCUUGCGGACAUAAUUGAAGAGGUCUUCCGGCAGAAACUCCACCUAUCAUUCAAGAACAUCAAGAUUGUGUCCAACAGGAUGGUCUUUAACGAAGAAGGUCGUCUUGUAGCAUUUAAAGGGAAAACAAUUCAUGUUCUAAACAAAAAUGAGCAUGCCUUGGACAUGGCAGAUCCAGUGCAUGACAAUCUGGGAGAUCCAAAUGGAUCUAUUGAUGACUAUUCAUUGGUGAAGAAAAGGACUAAUGUGCUGCUACUUGGUGAUCACAUUGGGGAUCUGGGCAUGUCUGAUGGUUUAAACUAUGAAAACAGGAUUGCUGUUGGAUUCCUGAAUACCAACAUUGAGAAAUCUCUGAAGGAUUACUCCAAGGCAUUUGACAUUGUAUAUCUGAAUGAUGCUCCAAUGUGGGGAGUUGUUGAGCUUGUGUCUGAAUUAUGUACGUAAUCAAAUGAUCUUUCACUAGGAAAUCGUUCCCUAAAUUUAACAGCCGCUGCAGUCCACUCACCUGGAAAUCUGGAGAUUUCACUCCCUCAACUUGCUAACCAUCCAAGCUUGCUUCAUAAGAAGCAUUGUACAGGCUAGAGAGCCCUUGGAACAAUGAUCCCUAUCUACUUGUAAGUUAAUCCAAAUUCGUGUGAUAUCCAGAUCAUGUGCACUAUGAAAUUUUUAACAAUACUCUCAGAAGCCAUUUGCCGUCAUUGUUUCACCUCCUAUGAUGGCUCAUUUAUUCUUUUUAAAAGUAAAAAUAAUCUUGUGGGUGAAGCAAUGCGUAAAUGAGUUGGAAAAAUAGCUGCAGGAGGAUGCAAGGUAGGGAAGACACAUGAACUGAAUGUCUGAACCCAUCAUCUUCCAGAAUCUACUCAACGCCAAUGAGAAACCCAUCUAUCAGUAAAGCUAUGCAUGGCUGUAUCAUAACUCUUGGGUUAUUUGGUGUGCCACUUUCAUACAACUUUCUUUUUCUGAUCAAGUGCUUUGCAACUUGCAAGAAUCAUGAGAUCACAUGAAGUGAAUGAAAUGUAUCAUCACAAGCUGCGUCAUGAUAUCAUGUACCAAAUAAUUAUCCUGGUACACAAUUUUA